AUGAAGCAUAAAAUGGUGAGUAUUGGCGAUGACAAUGAAAUUACAUUCGAAACAAGAGACUUCUGUCCUGCACACUUGUUGUUCAAAAUUGAGUCAUUCUCCUUGCUUUCAGAGAAUGGUAUAGACAAGAUUGAAUCAAGUGAAUUUGAAUUAGACGAUAACUACAAAUGGAAGUUGAUAAUAUAUCCCGAAGGGCGAUAUGCAAAGGAUGGAGCAAAUCAUGUUUCUGCUUACUUGGCUGUAGAAAAUAAAAGUAAACCGGAUGCUGGCUGGGAAUUGAAUGCGGUCGUCAGCAUCUUUCUGCUUAAUCACAAACUUGACAAAUAUAUGUUUAAGAAAGGUCAACGACGUUUUCAUCUUCUAAACCCUGAGUGGGGCUUUUCCAAAUUCAUCGUGAAGGAAACUUUGACAAAUCCAAGUAAUGGAUUCCUUGUCGAUGAGUGUUGUGUAUUUGGAGCGGAGGUUUUUGUUGUCAAGAACGAAGGAAUUAGAGAAACUUUGACAAAUCCAAGUAAUGGACACCUUGUCGAUGAUAGUUGUGUAUUUGGAGCGGAGGUUUUUGUUGUCAAGAACAAAGGAAUUAGAGAGUGCAUGUCUAUCUUGAAAGUAACUAAUUCCUUUAAGCAUGAACUGAAGAUUUCAAAAUUUUCAAAAUUGGAAAAGGAAUGGAAUUCUAAAGAGUUCAAUGCUGGGGAUCAUAAAUGGAAGGUUUGUGUGUAUCCGAAAGGAAAUGGAGCACAAAAUGGAAGUCAUGUUUCCAUUUUCUUGCAUAAAGUAGGAUUUUCCUCAGGUGAAAAAGUUAAGGCUGAUUGCUCCAUAUGCAUAAAGAACCAGUCUAAAAUUGGCAAUCGCAAGUAUCAAUUCAAUCGCUUGUUCUCGGCUUCUAGCAACAGUUGGGGAUGGCCUAGUUUCAUUCCAAUCGCUGAUAUGAAACAACCAGGAUGUUUAGUUGGAGAUGUCUGCAUUAUUGAAGUUGAAAUUUCUAUUCAAGCUGUCUUACGUAGUUUACCGUAA